AUGAGUAGCAGAAUAUUAGCUGGAUGCAGCCACGCACGUACUGCUCCACUCAUUUCUCUCUAAUUACUCCCUUAAUCAUCAUUUUCUCUUUCACACACACACACACACUCUCUCUCUCUCUCCGUUUCUACCUUUUCACACUCUCAAUUACUACUCCGAAUCCAUGCAGCAGAUGCUGCUGUGCUGACUGAUGCAGAUCUCCACUUUUCUCUUUCUUUCUCUCCUCACAAUGCUUCCAAUUCCUCUUAGCUAAUUAGCUACAUUUACUCCUCUCUCUCUCUCUCUCUUCUCCCCUCUCCCUUUCUUCCCCACACCCACCACCGCCAUGUUAUCCUCCUUCUUCUUCAUCUUUCUCCUCCUCUUCUCAGCCACUGUCUCCGCCCAAAACCGCCCUAUUCUCCACCAACCAUUUUUUCCGGUAGAUUCACAACCGCCAUCUUCUUCACCCCCUACUCCUUCUGCACCAUCACCGACUAGUACUACUACUCCCAAAUACCCUUUUGACUCUUCUACUACUCCUAAUAACAAUAACAAUAACAAUAACAAUAAUACUCCCUUUUUCCCCUCUUUCCCUUCUCCUCCCCCCCCACCUUCCCCUUCUGCUUUUGCUUCUUUCCCUGCUAAUGUAUCUUCUCUUAUCCUUCCCCAUUCCGCCAAAUCCAAACCCCUUUCCUCCAAACUCAUCGCCACCGCUAUCAUCUGCGUUGUCGCUGCUGUCCUUGUUCUCUCACUCGCUCUAUUCUUGCACAGCCGCAAGCGAAGAAAUCAAGCUGCUUCUACUAGUGAUGCUAAAACCCAGAGAUCUAAUAGCAGCACUCACUUCAAUUAUUCUAAUGGUAAUAGUAAUAAUGGUAAUAACAGCAGUGGUGGUAACCGCAGUCAUAUUCCUAAGCUACAAAGACCAUCGCAGACCAGUUCGGAGUUUCUCUACUUGGGUACUAUGGUCAGUUCACAUGGUGGAAUUGAUGGGCCCCACAACCCUCCGCAACGUCGUCGUAGCGGCAACGUGACUAGUGUCCCAGCUUCGAGAAAAAUGGAUUCGCCGGAGAUCCAUCCAUUGCCGCCGUUACUUGGACGGAAUUUGAGUCAAAAUUAUGGGAAUAAUAAUAAUAAUAAUGCAGAUGUAAUAUCGGGUAGAACUGAAGAAGAUGAGGAGUUUUACUCUCCAAGAGGAUCUUUGGACGGCAGAGAAAGUUCGAUCGGAACUGGAUCGGCGUCACGUAGGGCAUUUGCCGCCGUUGAGGUGGAGAAUUUUGGUGGUGGUUCCAGGUCCAGCUCACCUUCUUCUUCGUACUCGUCUUCCAGUUCCGGUUCGGGUUCACCGGUUCGGUCUGUAUCGCUGAGCAUUUCGCCGCCGGUGAGUUUUAGUCCGAAAAGCUUAAUGCCUAAGUCACCGGAACUGGUCGCUAUUCAUACUGCUCCACCACCUCAAUAUUCUCCUCCACCCCCUCCGCCUCCGCCUCCGCUUCCGCCGCGAGCAAAUUUUGUGCCGAUAUUGGUCAUGGGGAAUGAAUCUGAUUCACCAUCUCCUCCCAGUUCAUCAUCACCGGAGAGAUAUUCAAGCAGAAGCAUUGACUCUUCGCCCCGAAGUUUCAAUGUUUGGGAUCAGAAUCUUGAAUCUCCGGCGAGAAUCGCCAAUCAGAUACAGCAGAUUGAGCCAUUUUUCGUUGCCCCACCACCACCGCCCUCACCGCCUCUUUCGAUUAGUAUUCCGGCUAGUGUACCGCCUCCGCCUCCGCCACCACCAUGUAAAAAUUGGGAUAGUCCAAAAACUCCAACACCACCAACUUCAAAGCCACCAUCUAAGCCUCCAGUUCUUGUAACUCCUUUAAGGCCUAUAGCACUUGAAAGUCCAGUAUUGAUUUCUCCAAUGGAUCAGUUGCCUUCUAAUUCGGAACCCAUUGAGAAGAAUGAGCAGAAAAUAGAAAACGAGGAAACUCCUAAACCAAAGUUAAAGACUUUGCAUUGGGAUAAAGUAAGAGCAAGUUCUGAUCGAGAAACGGUGUGGGAUCAACUCAAAUCAAGUUCAUUUAAAUUGGAUGAAGAGAUGAUAGAAACCUUGUUUGUUGUGAAGACUCCAACUUCAAAUCCAAAAGAAACAACUAGACGCUCUGUUCUUCCCUCGCAGAGUCAAGAGAAUAGGGUACUUGACCCAAAGAAGUCACAGAACAUUUCAAUUCAGCUUAGGGCACUAAAUGUAACUGUUGAGGAAGUAUGCGAAGCACUUUUAGAAGGAAAUGUUGAUGCCCUAGGGACUGAGCUCCUUGAGAGUUUAUUGAAGAUGGCUCCAUCGAAAGAAGAAGAACGCAAGCUGAAAGAGUAUAAAGAUGAUUCUCCAUUUAAGCUUGGGCCAGCUGAGAAGUUUCUCAAAGCAGUGCUUGAUAUACCUUUUGCAUUCAAAAGGGUAGAUGCUAUGCUGUACAUUUCAAAUUUUGAUUCUGAGGUUGACUACCUCAAAAAGUCAUUUGAAACUCUAGAGGCUUCUUGUGAAGAGCUGAGAAGUAAUAGAAUGUUCUUAAAGCUUCUGGAAGCAGUGCUGAAGACUGGUAACCGCAUGAAUGUUGGGACAAAUCGCGGUGAUGCACAUGCGUUCAAACUGGAUACACUGCUAAAGCUUGCAGAUGUGAAGGGAGCUGAUGGGAAAACAUCCCUCUUGCAUUUUGUGGUACAGGAGAUCAUAAGAAGUGAAGGAGCUCGUCUCUCUGGUGGAAAUCAAGAUCAACAGUCGACCAUUAGUGAUGAUGCUAAGUGCCGGAAGCUUGGCCUCCAAGUUGUUUCAAACCUUAGUUCAGAGGUUAUAAAUGUUAAGAAGGCUGCUGCAAUGGAUUCAGAAGUGCUUCAUAGUGAGGUCUUAAAGCUUUCUAAAGGGAUUGGAAACAUUGCUGAAGUUGUCCGAUCAAUUGAAGCAGUUGGAUUGAAGGACAGCAGCAUAGAAGAAUUUUCCGAGUCCAUGAGAAGGUUUAUGAAAAUGGCAGAGGAGGAGAUCAUAAGGCUCCAAGCCCUAGAAAGUGUCGCCAUGUCAUUGGUGAAAGAAAUAACUGAAUACUUCCACGGAAAUUCAGCCAGAGAAGAGGCUCACCCUUUUAGAAUCUUUAUGGUGGUGAGAGACUUCCUAAUGGUUCUUGAUCGCGUUUGCAAGGAAGUUGGGAUGAUAAAUGAACAUACAAUAGUUAGUUCUGCCCACAAGUUUCCAGUUCCAGUAAAUCCAACUCUACAACCAGCCAUUGGCGGGUUGACUGCAAUAAGGCAGCAUAGUUCCUCCGACGAGGACAGUUCACCCCCUUAAUAACGAUAUUAGCUUAUAGCAGGCAGAACCCUAGAUUUUUGUUUUUGGCCAAAACCAAUGUAAUCUACUACUAUAAAGGCCAUCUAGGAGUUUGUCUGAGACUGUCAUGUAAUCUUUUUUUCUUUUGUUUUUAAUUUUCUAUUUAUAUAGUUCAUUGUACAAGUUCUGGAAAUGUAUCCAUUCCCGUAGAUAUAUAAAGAGCAUUUCUUUAGCAAA